CCCAAGUCCCAAACCUUUAAUCGAAAUUCCCAUAGGUUUUGUAUUUUCUUCUUCUCGAGUAAAAUUUCGGAGAUUUUGAAAAGCUGAACAGAACAACAAUGGCGAAACAAACAUGAACGUACCCACAUUCUUCGGUUCAAGUUUAAACGGUUUACUCUGAGUGUUUUCUUUUUGAAGAGAAAGGGCAAGUGCAAAAGAGGGAAAAAGCAAUGGACCCUUGCCCUUUCGUGCGAAUUACUGUUGGCAAUCUAGCUCUGAAGAUUCCGGUUGCGUCUAAGUCGGCGCGGUCCGUCGUUCACCCUUCGUCAUCGCCUUGUUUUGUCAAGAUUAAGCUUAAGAAUUUCCCUCUUCAAACCGCCGUCGUUCCCUACAUUCCGCCGGAAAAUCAGUUCCCCGAGAACCAGUUGCAAAACCAAGCUGUUACAUUCCACCUCAGCAAAGCCGACAUCGACAAACUCGCGGCGAAGUCGAUAUUUUCCGCCAAGCCUUCCCUCAAAAUCGCUAUCUACACUGGCCGGGGUGGGAGUACUUGCGGGCUUAACUCGGGUCGUCUGUUGGGGAAAGUGUCGUUGCCGUUGGAUCUGGCGGGAACUGAAUCCAGGGCUUGCGUUUUCCACAAUGGGUGGAUUUCGGUUGGGAAAGAAGCUAACAAAGGAUCAACAGCUCAGCUUCACUUGAUUGUUAAAGCGGAACCUGACCCGAGAUUCGUUUUUCAGUUCGACGGCGAACCGGAAUGCAGCCCUCAAGUGUUCCUGAUCCGAGGAAAUAUUCAACAACCGGUUUUCACUUGUAAGUUCAGUUUUAGAAAUACCGGCGACCGGAAUCAGCGAUCCAGGUCUUUACAGUCGGAGCCAAGUAGCUCUCGCAGUUGGCUAGGUACGUUUGGGAGCGUAAGGGAAAGGUCAGGGAAGGAACGAAAAGGUUGGUCAAUAACGGUCCACGACUUAUCCGGUUCACCAGUCGCCGCCGCUUCGAUGGUUACACCAUUCGUGGCUUCACCAGGUUCGGACCGAGUCAGUCGUUCUAAUCCCGGUUCAUGGCUUAUUCUCCGUCCGGGAGAUGGAACCUGGAAACCUUGGGGCCGUCUCGAGGCGUGGCGCGAGCGUGGCUCCUCCGAUGGACUCGGUUACCGUUUCGAACUCAUUCCAAAUAUGAGCGACGCGGCAAUUGUUUUAGCCGAGUCGACACUGAGUUCGAGUAAAGGCGGGAAGUUCGUGAUUGACCUCAGCAGCGGCGGAAACAAUAACAACAGCAGUGAAAACGGGCGGGGCACGCCGGGGAGUGCAACAUCGCCGGCGUGUAGUCCUGGGAGUAGCGGGGAUUUCGGAUACGGACUCUGGCCGUAUUGCGUGUACAGAGGGUUCGUAAUGUCGGCUGGCGUGGAAGGGGAAGGGAAGUGCAGCAAGCCUUGCGUGGAGGUGAGUGUGCAGCACGUGAACUGUACGGAGGAUGCAGCGGCUUUCGUGGCUUUAGGUGCCGCCAUUGAUUUGAGCAUGGAUGCUUGUAGGCUUUUCACUCAAAGGCUGAGGAAAGAGCUGUGUAGUCCCCAGGAUUUUCUCACCUGAUUUUCUUUUUCGUUUUUGUUCCUGAGUGGAUGAGUUUUAGGUUCCAUGCUGGAAAGCUUACUGCGAACAAAAGCUCUGUACAGCACUAGCGUUAAUCCUUUUUUGUUUAGAUUAAUUAAUUUGUCUUUGGCCAUAGAAUUAAAGCAUGCUUUAUUUUUUUUGGUGAAUAAAAGAAAAGAAUGGCUAGCACUUAGAUGCUUGCUUCUAAGUUACAA